UUUUUUUGGUAUUUAUUGGUUUAUUGCAUUUUCUAGGACUUAUUUUUAUGGGCAUGCGGUCACACCAAGCGCUUGGAGGAAUUUUUAAAGAUGUUGGUUGUUUGAUUUUCUGAUCAAACUAGUUUCGAUUUGUACUGCGUAAAUGUUGCCAAGCAUCCGAAUAUAUUCUUGAUAUUGACAGAGCAGAUGGCUCUGCAGGUAACAGUUAAUGGAAAAUUCGGGGCCAACUUGAGAAAGCCCAUAAGUCGACUAGAUGAUCCGGAGCGGGUGCGCAAAGAUCUCGAGAGUCAGCGUCGCAUAACCCGUUUGCAGCAGGUCCGAGAGACGUCGAACCAACUUGCACGCCAAAUACGCAAUGAUGUGGCCGCUGAAAAAAAGCGUCAGCUUGAAAAAUUGGAGCAGGUCAAGCAAAAGGAGCUAAAUGCGUGGCGUGAGCAUGUUUUGGUCAAAAAACACCAGGACUACCGCUCGGCCGUUUUCCAAGUGGGCGCCGCCCAUAGCGCCGCAAGGGAGGAAACCGAACGCAUCGAGCAGCAGAGACAAGAGAAAAACGAGAAAAUUAAAAAUUGUCGCAAGCAAGCUAUUAAAAGAUCCGUAAAAACAAGUGUGGAGUUGCAAGCCACAAAUGGAAUGAAUCUGAAUGCUCAGGGACGUGCCACAGCGGGUACUCAGACGCCCGUCGUGGAGGACAAGGAGAAUCGCUUGGAAAGUGGCUGCCACAAACCCUGCUGCAAGGGCAAACGCAAAAGAACAACCAGCUGUGGCUGUGGCACCACUCAGGAAGAUGAGGAAUCUUCGGAGGACGACUGCUCCAUUCUGCCAAGCGCGAGUCCCAUCAGCAACCAGCAUCUCCAAAAGACACCCCCUGUUAUAUUAGAUGUAGAAAUCGAGGACACCAUUUCCGAAACCCACAAGAAUCCUGAAGGCAUAGAAAUCAACGAUAAGUUUAUUCAAACUAACCGAAAAUUUAGCCAUGUAGUGAGAUCUAGUGUAGGUGAACCACAGCGUCGGCCGAGAUUUACCCAGAUCAGCGACCUGGUAAGGAAAACCGAGACCACUACUAUCAUACGAACUGAGCCAGGACAGGAAAGAGAAGCAGAUCCCAACCCAACAGUAUCUGCACCGCCGAGUCCGACGAAAUCUUUGCCUAGAUCGCCCAAGAAAACUGCAGAUCGUGAGAAUGCAGUCACCGCUGCCGCACCCAAAAAGUCACCUACAAAAGAAACUACAGAGCCUCCCAAGAAAACCACAACAGGAUCACGUAAUCAGCCGCCAGCAAAGCGAGUUGGCCUGAAAUCGAAUACAGCUCCUGCCAAGGUUAUAGAUGCGGGUAUACGGAUCGGGCAGAAGGCCAAAACUCCAGCAACUCUGACAAAAGUCAAAGCUGUAGAAAAAACAGUGCCAGAACCCAUGCGAAAUGUACAACCCAAUCCAGAGCAAAAUGUGCCAAAUCCACCGAUGGGCCAUUGCUAUCCUGUACCUCAAGUUCAACCAUACAUGCACCCUUAUCCCCAACAGCCAAUGCAACCAUAUGCAUUGCCAUAUUCAAUGCCAUUUCCAAUGCCAACGCCUUAUCCGCUACAUCAUCCGAUGUAUGGACCACAGCAAAUGAUCCCAAAUCAACCGCCAGCUGUGACUGCUCCGCCAAGCACUGCCACCCAGUCCACAGUAUCAACUACCACUUUCGUCAUGUCCUCGCGGCAGGAUCCAAAGACAACUGCUCAAUCUACACGCGUUCAGUUCUAUGAUCAUGGCAAUAAAUACCAUCGAACGUACGAUGCACCAACGAAUUCAGUACAGUGUAAUGAAAAGGAUUCCAGUCAACUGACUGCUAUGGAUCAUGCCCGAAUCGAGAACCAGCUAAGGGAUCUGCGGGAGCAAGAACUCGACAAACUAAGGAAAAUCAGCAACGAUCGUGGUCAGAAGGCUUUAGAACGCGAAAAAGUUCGUCGGGAUUGUGCUGAAUUGACAGAGAAACUGGACGCCCUAUCCCAACAGCAACCACAGCUAUUGCCCAGCGAUGCUAACAUUAUACCAACCCAUCGAUUCGCGGAUGUGGCUGCUAGACGAGAGCAGAAAAUGAACGAGGCCAUGGAACAGAUGCUACUUCGUCCGGCUAUAAUCACAUGUCCAGAAGUGCGCACCAAACACACUCCUCCGAAUACGACGCGAAACAAAUGCAGUGCUCCGGCGGCUGUGAAUGUGGGCGAGCCUCCUGUACAAAUGGCUCGAGAUAAUCUAGGCAGUACAGACAGCUGCUGCUCCAUCCUCCUUGACUAUGUUGAUGAUCAGAGAAAGCAGCUGAGGUCUGACCUAAAGGCCGAGCAGUCAAACUCACUCAAAUCUAUGAAGUUACGGAGUUUGUUGGAUCGCAUUGAAAAGAUCCGAAUUCAGCUUUUGGAGGAGCUGAAAGUGGGCGAAGCACGUGGCUCUAAUGGCGACAAUGCCCAGGAGAUGAUCGAUAAUAUACGUCAGGAGCGAGCGGAUAUACUUUCAGAGAGAACAAAGAGCCUGAAUGAAAGAGAAUCCGAUCUUCAGCAAAAGGAAGCUAUUCUUGAGCAGCGUCUCAGAAAAUUCUACAAGGAGACCAAGAAAAAAUCUAGUGAAGGGGACCAAGCAAAACCAUCCACAAAAGAUGCGCCACUGGAGAUUAUCAUCAAAGUAAAGAGCGACGGUACAGUAAAGCAAUAUGUUCCAAAAAGUAAAUGCAAAGCAAAAACAAAAGCGGCAGCCAAUGUAAACGGAAAACAUGUAUCCCCGGGAUCAACGGAGAGCACUCCCAGCGAGGAAGCGAUGGCGCCAGAACAUGAAAAUGGGAAGCGAACCAUGACAAAGGAUCAGCGCCAGAUAUCGAUAGAUUCCAACUCCACCGCUUAUCGCAGUCUGCCGCCAGUUAGCUACAAAAAUUUUAACCCGGGAAUUGGUUCAAUGCCUUCUCCUCCGGCGGCUCCUGCUCCUACACAGUUGCACCCAAUGGUUGUUCAAUAUAUAAAUCGCCUUCUAGGAAUGACGCGCCAAAAUAUAGAUGAGAUGGGCGUGAGUUCCUCGUAUGUGGCCACACCGUCAACAUCAAUCAUUAACUCAUCGAGAAACGUAACUCCUUGCGUCGAGGCUGAAGUGGAUAGAACUGAAGGGGAACUGGACGAUGAGACUGUGGCGAAUGAGCAGCGCAUGGAAAGGGUGCAAACCUUUAUUGCUGAUAACCGCAGCUUUAUAAACGAUUUGGAAGAUUCAAUACGUUGCCAGCAGCAGUUGCAGAAGGAGCAGCAGUCCCAGGACAAGGAAAGAAGUAUGCGUGCCUUCGAUCAGAUAUGGAACAAGCGCUUGGCCAAGAAUCUGGAAAAUUGCCAGCCAAAUACCAAGGAGAAAGAGCAGACUAGAGAAAGGAUGCAGGGAGAUAGGAAUAAGGCUCCACCUCAGGAAGGAAAGGUAAGAGUAUGUGCUUCUGAAGGAAGAGAAAGGCAGCAGCGAGAAAACUCGAAAGUUCAACAGCAAAGAGAACAAAAGGGAAAGCAGAAUCCUGGUGGUAUAUCCUUAGGCCAAAAUGCACCCCGUUUUGUGGCUGAAAAAUCAAAAUCACAGUCGAACAGCGAAGAGUCAUCUGGCCGGAACAUGGAACGUUAUGCGCAACUCACAGAGAAUUGUACCCAGCGGAUUGCAGAGCUUACCGAUCUGAUCACCAAGGUACGUGAGGAGAAGCAGCGGCUGGUGGAGGUCACCCUUACAUCGAACAGCGAUGGCGAGCGCCAAUCUACAGAGUAUUUUGAGCUCCCAACUGGACAAACCAGAUGCCGGACUUUGUCCGAUCGCAGUGAUUCCCAAACGCCUUCCACUUCAGAGGCGUUGCCGCUGCAGAAGCACAAACCCACAGCUGCCAGCAGGGAUAGUGGCAUCGCGGACUCGCGUCCAAUUACGGCCCAGGGCCAGGUAAAUGUAGAUGUGGAACCUAUCUCGCUGGGCUCGUCAAUGCAGAGCAAUUCGGCUCGCGGUCGAAUGAAAGCUCCUCCUGCCACAAUUCGACGCUAUAGUCCUCAACUGAACGCCGAGGAUUUGGCUCACGAGCUGUCCACCAUCACAGAGGUAGAAACGCCAGGGCAAUCACGUAUUGUGUCUGCUACGCCGGUGCCCAGACCUUUUCCCAGCUUCGGUCAGUAUGCCCGGGAGUUGCAGUUGGAUCUUGCGCAAAUGGAUGCUGAUCAGAGCCAACGCUUGCAGAGUGAAUUCAAUGAGUUGAUCCAAGCUAUUAAUCAGCGAGCAGACGGUGCUGACUACCGUGAGUUUCCAAGCAUUAACGCCUAUCUUCACAACAUGACUAGCACCCGAAUUCACCUAGAAAUAGGUCAGGAUUCCGAUCAGCCUACUCUGUCACCGCGAGAACUUAUGCAACAAUUGCGUGUGGCCAAUGAUAAUGUGCAGGAUUUUCCUAAACGUAGAGAGUACUUUAAGAAACUGCUGGCCCAACAGCCCGCCGAUCAAAGGGAGCUAAUCGACAGCGCCAGCAUCGAGCAGGAUUCAUCGGAUUCCUUCAAUGUUGAGGAAGAAUUGCGCCAGAGAAAUAUAAUACAGCGCUCUUUUCGUCGGGGAAAUAUGACAGAAACUACUUUGACAAAUCAGGAGGUGGCCAGCAGCACGCGACGGGAAAGCGUCGCCCCUAUAAGAAAUGAUCCACCCAACGAGAGUGGAAUUGAUCCACUGUCCGGCAGCAACUUUUCCAGCGACGUGGAACAAAGGCAAAAACGCUGGCAAGCCGCAAUGCAACAGAGGCAGCAGCAGGCAGAUGAAAUGUGCAGCAGCACCACUGCCUCGUCGCCGGAACGUCCACCAAGGAGGCUGCGAGGUGGUCAGAACCGCAGUCACAAGUCUGAGGCCGACUCUUCAGUGCGGGAUGCCAGUCAGAUAGGACGAUCCCUGAAUCUAAGAGAAUUCCUUACUCGGGAGCUCCUCAGACAUCGACAAAGCGGUGAAACUUCAGAGAGUUCAGAUGAGUCCUUGAAACGACAUUUCUUCAAGUCGGUACUACAUUCACUCUCGCCUAGCAGCAAUGCACCAGCCGUAGGUCUGAGCCAAGCCACUGGAGCUACCAACGACAGGCAAAAGACCUCCACACCAAUGGGAUCAUUCCUCUCCAUUCCAGAGAAAACCGGAUCCGUUCAUAGCACAGGCUCUCAACUAUUCUCCGGAGAGAGUAACAUGUCACUUGUGAACUAUCCAGAUGGCACUCCACCCAUUCCCUAUGAACAACAAAGUAAACAGAGUACAAAUCAAACUCGACAAGCCUCAGGUUUAAAGACAUCCCAUCAAAGGUCACCUCGAAAGUAAUCG